UUGUGCACUGAAUGCAACACAGCAAUAUUUUUAUAGCUAAAAAUCAUCAAAAUAUUUAAUAGUCUUUCAGAGUUUUGGAGAAAUAAUGAGGGCUGCUGCUGCAUUUUUCCUCCUGAAUGCUGGAUUAACACUGUGUGUGGAGAUUCCUCAUGGAUAUAACGAAAGUAGCAGUUUCAAGGAUCUAACAGAAAUAAAUGGAAAUGCAGAUUGUUCCAUCAAGCUGAAGCCCACAGACUGUGAUGAAGGUGAAUUCUGUGGUUAUCAGGUAAAUUUUCCACCGUUAACCCUGAAGCUUCCCAAGGAGAUUAAGCUACUUGAAAAGACUGUCAAAACUGUUAAAAGUCUUACAGCAACAGUAAAUAAAAUGAAGAAAAGGUGGCUGGAAGAACAACAGGAAAAGCCUACCAAGCAUGAUAACAAGAUAACUGCACUGGAGAAUAAAGUAAAAGCAUUGACAUCUUCAUUGCAGAUUGCCAGAAACCAGAUCAGUUGGCUACAGAGCCGUUUGGAAGAGAUGAAUACAGACACUGUUUUGCAUUACAUUAAAAAAGAGCUUUCAAGUAUUAACGACACUGUGAAUAAAUUGAAUAAUAACUGUUACACAACUUGUGCAGUCGAAGGCAUGCCAGCAGAUCAAAAAGUACCGCCUCAAGAUUGCUCAGAUCUUUAUAAAGAAGGAAUUCGGAAAAGUGGCAUCUAUGAAAUUGCUCACUGUCCAAAUAAAACCUUUUCAGUCUAUUGUGAGAUGAAAAGUCUGAAUGGAGGCUGGACAGUUCUGCAAUCUCGCAAAGAUGGUAGCGUUGAUUUUAAUCGAACCUGGGCAGAUUACAAAAAUGGAUUUGGGAACCUAUCAACAGAAUUUUGGCUGGGAAAUGACAAAAUACAUUAUCUGACAAAAUCCAAGAAGAUGAUAUUAAGAAUUGAAAUUGAAGAUUGGGAUGGAGUCCAAGAAUAUGCCGAAUAUAGUCAAUUCUUUGUUGCAGAUGAAAAGGAUCAAUAUCGUCUCACUAUUUCUGGUUACUCUGGCACAGCUGGUGAUGCAAUGCUUUACAGCAAAGAAUAUAGCCACAAUCAAAAAUACUUUACCACCAAGGACAAAGAUAAUGAUAUGUACCCUUCAGGUAACUGUGGAGCCUAUUAUAGUUCUGGCUGGUGGUUUGAUGCUUGCAUGUCAGCCAAUCUCAAUGGUAAAUAUUAUAAAAAGUAUUACAGAGGAAUCAGAAAUGGAAUCUUUUGGGGCACUUGGUAUAAAAUAAAAAGUGAAACUCUGAAUGGCUAUCGCCAUGCUUUCAAAACAGUAAGAAUGCUCAUCAGGCCAAAAGAUAUAAAGCAAUAACUAUGGUUUUGAAAAGCAAUAAAAAUCCAAUGGUAGAACUUUAAAAUGAAAUAAGAAAAUGUAAGGAAUACUCAGCAGGUCAGGCAGCAUCUACAGAGAAAGAGAGAGUUAAUAUUUUAGUUCAAUGACCUUGCAUCAGAACUGGAAAAGUGACUUUUUACCCACUGGCCUGAAAUGUUAAUUUCGUGUCACUCUUUCUCCACAAAUGCAGCUAUUUCUUGCAUUUUGUAUUUUUAUUUCAGAAGUUCCCAAAAGAUUUGUUUAAAAAUAACUUCAGCUUUACUUUGAAGCUGCCAGAAUUGAUCACAAGUUAAAAUAUCAACUGCAAGUUGAAUUCACUGAUCAACAUUUGGUUAUACGUUGUUAAAAGAACCAGAUUUUGAAAACUCAGUACAACCAUCUUGCUGAUACUCAGAAUUUUAGCACUUCUGACCCAAGAUAAACUAACCCUCCCCUAGGCCUUCCAAUUGUUUAUAACACUGGAGAUACCUGGCUCUAAUUUUCUAUCACUUCCUUUGGAUCAGUACCACUUCCAUUAUGUCAAAUUGCCUCUCUGAAAUCAGGUCUCAACUGAGUUAACAUGCCUUCCAGCCACACUGGGAAGACUGGGGCCAUCAUAUUCAAUUCUGCUGCAAAAUCUUCUCCUUUGCCACAGUUGACCAACAUAUUAUAGUAACUAGACUGGGCACACAGUGUCUUCCUUGACCAACACCGACAUUCCUAUCCUUUUUCUUAAGUCUUCUUAUUUUCAUACCUUUAGCUCCUUCUUCAAUAUUUUAGAAGACUUCUUGAAUUUAUUUCUCACAACUAACCUUUCAAGUUCCACCUUUCAUUAGCUCUAAUUUAUAGAACUUGUUCAUGCUAUUUCUUGUUGAAUUAAUCUGAUUUAUAUGUACAAAAUUUUAAUUUUGCACUGUGGGGUACCACGGUAGUGUAGCAGCUAGCACAAUGCUAUUACAGUUCGGGGCAUUGGAGUUCAGAGAUCUUUUCCAACAUGGCUAUAAAGAAGUUUAUGUGUUCCUCUCCGUGAAUGUGUGGAUUUCCUCAGGGUGCUCUGGUUUCCUCCCACAUUCCAAAGACGUACUGGUUAACAGGUUAACUGGUCAUUGUAAAUUGAUUAGGCUAGGGUUAAAUAGGUUGGUUGCUGGGUGGUGCGGCUUGUUGAACUGGAAGGGUCGGUUCUGCACCACAUCUCUAAAUACAUACAUGCAUAAAAUUCCGGAAGGAUUUUAUAGGAUGUAUUAGGGUAGAAUUGGUAUCAUCCAUUGAAAUUGGGGCAGGAUCUCAAAUAAUGGGUGGACGAUUCAGAACAACGAUGAGAAGGGAUUCCUUACCUUUAAAAUCUUUGGAAUUCCCUAACCAAGAGGACUGUGGACACUGAUUCACUGAGUCAGUUAAAGCAUAGUUUGAUAUAUUUUGGCUGCUAAGAUGAAGGGAUAUGGGGUCAUUUCAGGAAAUUGGCACUGAGGUAGAAGGUCAGCCGUGAUCUUAAUGAAUGGCAGAACAAGCAUGAAGGGUCAAACGGCUUUCUUUUCUAUGUUCAUAUGAUCUAAACAGGAUCAUUUAGCAGUCUCCUCUUCAAUCCCUAUUAGAUACCCACUCUUCAAUAUAGUAAAUUUUACCCUUACUUACCUUUGGAUCCCUGCAUGAUCUUGCCGUUAAUUGUUUGUGUUAGUCCAUCUCCAAUAUCCUCAGUGCUCUUUACAGUGCCCUCUGAUAGAUUCCUAUUCUCCUUUCCCAGUCAUCAAUGGCAAGGUAUUCCACUUCCUUUCACACCAUCAAGAGCCUCAUCAAAACCCAUCACUUCAAUACUUUGAUCUUCUUAAUUUCUCUGUGUUAUGUUACAGGUUGCUUUUCUUUUUAAAUUACCUUGGGAAGUUAAUGUGUUAUUUUAAAAAGCUAGUUGUUGUUAAGAAGGAGAAUAUAUAAUGGAAAAAUGUGUACAUGGGGAUGUAAAAUAUAUUUCUACUUGUUAUUAUGACUGUAGGUGAGGUACAAAAGCCAUUGGUUGCAUAGCAAACAAAGAGGUGAGGCCAAGACUUCAUUCUUGGUCCAACAUGAAUACUGGGCUUUCUAUGCAGCUCCAACUCUGAACCACAAUUGGGUUGAAAUUUUCUGGAGAAAAAAGAAAGAUGAAGGAACUCAUCAGUUGGAACAGCAUCUGUAUGGGGAGGGGAAACGUUGAUGUUUUGUAUCAAGGUCCUGCAUCAGGGCAGCUGAAGGGUCUUAACUGAAACGUUGACAAUUUUUCUCCUCUCACUGAUGCUACUCAAUCACUAAGUUUCUCCAGCAGUGUAUUUUAUGCUCCAGAUUCCAGCUUUUGCAUUCCCUCAUCUUUUUAAGCAGUGCACGGCAACUUUUUUAAAUAAUCUAUUUUGUAUUGUUUUGUUAGGGAAUUUCAGGUCAAUGUCUAAGUAAUCCAAUAGGCUUUAUGAACCUAUGAAAGAUUUUUUGUAGAUAAUAGCUCAAUGCUACAUAACAUAAAUAUUGAUUUAUCAUUCUAACACCAGCAGAAUACUAAUUGCAAUUAGUAAAAAAAAUGUAAUUUUGUUGUAUACUCAUUAAUAGAUUCCUUUUCUACUUGUUGUACUCCUUAUAUUGUUAUUGUAAUGCUCAUGCAUUAAAACAAUACUUUGCAACAAAUUAUUCAGCAAUUUAAUGAUAAAGAGAGCAUUGUAUCUAUGUAAUUCUUGCAAAUUUUUGGCAAAGUACUGUUGAAAGAAUCAAAAUAAACUGCUGUUUACAAAAGAUAUGUGUAAAAAUGUGAACUUGAAUAUUAACUUUCAUUAUGAUGUCUUUAUUGCAAGCUCCAAGAAAUUACACAAAUCUGUAAAGCUAUUAAACAUUUUGAUAAUAAAAUAAACAGUA